AUGAUUUUAUUAACACUUUUAUAUUUAAUUAUUUUUUAUAUUAUAAUAGAUUUUAUAAAAAAAAAUUAUAAAACAAAAAAUCAAUUACCAUCACCAUUAGGAAUUGCAUUACCAAUUAUUGGUCAUUUACAUUUAUUACGUACCGAUCCAUAUAAAACAUUAGCUAAAGCAUCGAAAAAAACAGAACAUGGUAUUUUAAAAUGUUGGAAUGGUGAGCAUUUAAUGGUUGUAGUUGAUAAUCCAUCAAUAAUUAAACAAAUGUAUGUAAAUACAAAUAAUUUUACAGAUAGACCACAAACCAAAGUAUUUGAAAUCAUUUCAAGAAAUUAUAAAAAUAGUGGUUUUGCAAAUGGUGAAAAAUGGAAACAUCUCAGAGGUUUAUAUGCACCAAGUUUUACAAAAAUUAAAUCAAGACCACAUGAAAAUAUAAUUUUAAAAUAUGUAAAUUUUGAAAUUAAAUCUUUAAAAAAUCAUGCAAUUACAAAUUCAAUUUAUAAUCCAUUUUUAAUUGAAAAUAUUAAUUCAUUUGGUACAAAAGUUAUUACAGAAAUUAUAUUUGGUAGAGAGUUUAGUGAAAAUGAAGUUUACUCAUUAAUUGGACCAAUGAAUAAAUUAUUUGGUAUAUUGGAUACACCAUUUCCAUCAGAGAGUAUAUCAUUUUUAAAACCAUUUUAUAGAAGAUCUUAUAAAGAAUGUGAUAAACAAUGUGAAGAAUUAUUUAAAUUGGUUGAAAAAGUUUAUGAUGAUCAUUUAUUGAAUCUAGACAAAGACAACCCAAAAGAUGUAAUGGAUGUAAUGAUUGUUGAAACUGAUUUCAAAGAAAAGGAUCAUGUAAUUUGUAUAUGUUGUGAUUUAUUAAUGGGUACAAAAGAUACAUUCAAUACAAUUGUUUUAUGGUUUUUUGUAUUAAUGAUAAAUUAUCAAGAUGUGCAAUUGAAGGGAUAUCAAGAGAUAAUCAAGGUUUUGGAAUGCACAGGUCGAGAUCAUGUAACAAUUGAAGAUAUCGAUAAAUUACCAUACAUUGAUGGAAUUAUUAAAGAAAUCUCAAGAAUUCAUCCAGCAGGUCCUUUAUCAGUACCAAGAACUGCAAUCAAUGAUAUAAUGAUCAAUGGUUAUUUCAUUCCAAAAGGUUGUCAUGUUUUUCAAAAUACUUAUGGUGCAGUUUAUAAUUAUAUGAAAGAAUCUGAUGAACCUUGUAAAAUGAAACCAGAAAGAUGGAUUGAAAAUGAAAAAUUAAGAAAAGAUGGUAAAUUAGACCCAACUAAUGAUUUAGCAUUGAUUUCAUUACCUUUUUCAAGCGGAAUUAGAAAUUGUCCUGGUGUUGGUUUUGCAGAGUAUGAAUUAUUCUUAUUAUUUUCAAAUAUCAUUUUAAAUUUUCAUUUAUCAAGUCCAAAUAAUCUAAAACUCAAUGAAAGUGGUCAUUUUGGUCUUACAAUGAAACCAUUUCCAUUUUUAGUUGAUUUAAAAUUAAGAUAA